CUUCUUUAGAUUUGAUUGAUCAGAGGGGUGAGGGAAGAAGAACAUCUGGGACAGAGAUUUUUUUUUUGUGUCCCAGGAGUACCCAAGCUAUUAAACUUCUUUACAAUACUCCAUACAGCUGA